AUGGCAGAGACAUUCAAAGAAAUAUGCAAAAUACUCAACAAAAGCACAAAAUGUUCGAAGCGCGACAUUGCAGAUCCAGACUAUGGUCAAAAGGAGUUGCUGUAUCUUGCAGUAUUGAGUGGGCUUGAAGAGCUACUGAGACAUGGCACCAGCAAUAAGGCUCAGAAGCCAGCGAGCCCAUGGAGCCAGGAUGACACGUAUGUGGACAGCCGGCACAGAUAUCUAAGGUCGAUCUUUGAUAGCUCGGGGUUUGAAAGAAGACUGGAUGAACUAGGACUAGCAACCCCAGACCAAGCCACACAAACAAAACUGGAGUAUCACACGCCUCGGCUGUUUGACGGAUGCUUAG